CUUUAAAGAUCAGCGAAGUUUAUUUACGCAACUAAGGAGACGGAUAGAAUUUUGUUGUCAUCGAUGAUUGAAAGCCAAUGGCCUCAAAUUUUCAUGCCUGGAAAGAAGUGAUUACACAUAUCAUAGACUGUACGUCGAUGGGAAGUUUAGUUUUCAUAAGAGCAAAGCACGGAUCGGUAUGAAGACGGGGCUGUCGAGGCAGCCAGGUCUGGAGAUGCGUCCUGCCCAGAGCCAGCUGUGCCUCGGCAUGGGUCUCUCUGCCCGCUAACACAUCUGUGAGAACCACAGCUGAUCUACAUGGGUGACCCGACUGAUCCGGAUGCUUGAGUUAUAGUUUCUCAGAGACAUAACUGAUAACCUUGCAGCGAUGUCUGUUUCAACGGUUUUGGCAAAGGCGCUGUUUGACAACACAGCAGAAAGCCCAGAGGAGUUGGCUUUCCGGAAGGGGGACAUCCUCAUGGUUCUUGACCAGGAGCAGAGUGGUGGGCCAGGCUGGUGGCUCUGCUCACUGCAUGGCAGACAGGGCAUCGCUCCUGCUAACCGCCUUCGACUCCUGCAGACCGCCCCACCUCCGGGCUCAGACCCUCGUUCUGGCCCAAAUGAAGACUCUGUUUACCUGUCACCCGGUCUUCCAUCGGCCAGGACAGGUGUCAGCAGUAGCACAGAUGAUAUAGAUGAAGUGUAUCGUUCCCCUCCAGUUGCUGGAGAAGGGCGGGGAGGGGUAGCUGCCUCUCGGACGGGGGAGCUACGCAGAGUAGAGGGAGGUCGCCCACGCUCACACUCUAGUUCUGGCACUCGGCCCAGACCAGACUGGGAUAUUGGUUUGGUGGGACGCCCGCGCUCACCCUCUUUAAGGGGACGAGGCACAGAAAUGACAGGAACACUUUAUCAGACCCCCAUAAGUCCCAUACCCUCUGCAGCCCAGCAUGCCAGGCAGCCUGGAGUACUCAUGGCCUCAGAAUCUGUGUACCUUUCUCCUGGUGGAGUACCAAGGGCAGCUGAUGAACCAGAAGACACUACUUAUCUUGUCCCCAGAGAAACACUAACAACUCAGUCAGAUGACUGUUACUUGGUGCCCAAAGGUACACCACUUGCAAGUGAUGAUGUUUACCAGUCUCCUACUGGUGGAGCUGUGGCCAGUUCUCUGUGCUCUAAUGGCUCCUCUGUAAUCAAUGGAACCCCCCAGCCCAAAUUUAGCCAGGACACACCUGUGAUGUACCAAACGCCCACCCCCAUUGGAGCAAGCUUGCACAGGCCAUCAGCUACAGUUCUGGCUCACCAACACCCUUCUCAGUUAACCCCAGCCCAAGCAUCUCCUCGAGCCUUGCUCAAGGGAGUUCCACAAAACCCUGCCGUUGUCAGGGGCAAACCCAGCUUGGCUUGUCAUCGGGGGUCCCCUUUGUUGAUCAGGGCAGGACAGGUCAGGGCUCCAGGAUCACCUAAUUUUGCCCGCAAGCCUCCUCCACCAGCACCUCCAGUCAGAGGGGUCACCAGGAAAGAUUCACAACAAGCUCCAGCAUCAUCAGCUGACUGUAGCUCUGUCCCCAAACCUACUGUUCAGGCAGUUCCAGCCGGCCUGCAGCAAGAUGAUGAUAAACAGAGGGGAACUCCACAGAGUAAAGAAGAAAGGAUUAGCAAUGGCCUAGAGAAAAGUGGCAAUAUGCAGAACAAAAAUGGGGAAAAUCAGGAUUACUCGGACGCUGUGGAUGACCAGGUGUAUGAUACCCCUCCCAGUGGCAGGUGGCAGCGACCAGUCCCAUCUGCCCUCCGGGAUGAGGAUGGCAUCUAUGAUACCCCUCGCAGUGUCCCCCCACAGGCUGACUCUGAAACUGAGGUGUAUGACGUUCCCACAAUCACUCUGAACAUGUCCACAUCAGAUGUCCAGUCUGAUGAAGUUGAUGAAGUCUACAGUGUCCCUACACUCCCAGGUGUCCCUCUGGCACCAGCAGAGUCCACCACCAGCCUCUCUGCUGAGGAAGUUACCCAGGUUUGCUGCAUCCCUGGAACUGAGAAACGAGCCAGCAGUGGAGAUCGAAGACGAGAUUCGUCUGAGCCCGACUGUGGUAUCUAUGACAUGCCGGCUCUUAUCGUCGAAGUCCUUCCUCAUUCCUCAUCCUCCUCCUCCACAUCCACUCGCCGCCUCUCUGUUUCUAGUAACGGGUCUGGCGACGUGCAGUGGAAAGCUUCACUUUCCAGCCUCGUCCAGUCAGUGCUGAGUACGGCCUCCUGCUCGGCCUCCACUCUGUCAUCGCGGGACCUGGCCACCUCUCUGGCUGAGAUCCUGUCCACCUGGAAAGCCAGUCAUUCGGGUGAUCCUCCUCCGUCACUUCAGCAGGCCUGGGCCCGUCUAUCAGACCUGCUCCCGGCCUUAUCCGCCAUCGGUAAUGCUCCUCCAUCUGAAGGGCUCUUGUCGCUGGUCCAGCUUUCUCUUGAGGAGAGCGCCCUCCUCUUGCAGGCUCAGAGUCGGCCUCGUCUUCCUUCCCAAGAAUCGCUGUCACGAAGGCCUCUGCCAGCACUCCCGGUGCCUGAUGGAAAGUCAACUGGUGGUGGAAUGGGGUCCCGUAAAGGUAGCUGGAUCCAGGAAAGACCCCUACCCCCAACCCCUCAGCCUGCCUUUCCCUUGACUUCUGCUCCAGUCAGUGUGACUCUCACAGUGGGCCCUGUUAAUGGAGAAGAUGACCCCAGCAAUGAGUAUGCAGGGAUUGGCUUAACUCCAAUCCCAGCCCCAGUACCUACUGGAGACAGUGUUGGAUAUGUCAAGCUCCAGGGUAAACCUGAACCCCCUCCUGAAGCUCUAACUGAAAAUGGACAGACACAAUCUAUCACCGCAGAGCCAAGAUUGACUCCAUCCCCUCUUCCGGUGUCCCUCUCCCUGGAGGACUCGGAGCUGCUGUCCUUUUACUCCUCUCAGAGCCUUGCCCACCUCUCCUGCCUGGCAGAAUCCAUCGAGGUGCUCUUCAGCAGCGUCCAGGGGAACCAGCCACCUCGCAUCUUCGUCGCCAGAGGAAAAAGCCUCAUUGUGACUGCGCAUAAACUGGUGUUCAUCGGGGACACACUGUCCCGCCUUCUCACUUCUGCAGACCUCCGGGCUAAAAUCACAACUUCUGGGGGGAGACUUUGCCAGGCUUUAAAGGCAGUUGUCGUGGCAACAAAGGGCGCUGCACAAAACUACCCAUCUGUAACUGCCAACCAGGAGAUGAUUGACCGAGUUGCUGAGCUCUCCCAGCAAGCUGCUGGCUUCUCCACUCUGCUGCAGCGCCUGGCUGAAAUAUCAUCAUGAUAUUUCAUAUACUUUGCGUAUAAACGUUGUUUACACUACACCUUUAUUUUCUCUCUUUGAAAUGCCUUAUUUGUCCUCACACUCUUUAUUUUCCCUAUGCCUGAUUGGGACUGAAACUGAAUCCUGGAAGAAGUGUUUUCCCAUGUUGCAGCUUUUACCAAGCUGGGUUUUGACUGUGUCAGUUCUGUCCUCAAAGAGUGUGUUGUUUUUGCCUUUGUUUAUAUAAUGACCUAUAUGCUUUGAUGCCUGACACACUUGCUUUUUGUAAGUGUUAACUUAUUGAAUAUUUGAAACCCCUCUGUGGGUUGUGUCCAUGUGGACUGUUUAUUUUGGGAGCUUUACUUUAAUACGCUUGCCAUAUUUCCUUCUCACAUGAUAGCCAUUUCUUCUUCCUUCCUCUAUUUAUUUAGCCAGCCCCCACCCUCAAUUCCAAAAAUAGUGGAAGCCUUGACAUCCUGGUUCUGGCCCAUUUUUUUUUUUUACAGUGAUACCUGAAAGGCCUUUUUGUUAUUCUGAAGCUGAUAAAGCUGCAUGUUGAGGGUUUUGUUUUUAUAUGAGAGAAAUUUAAUAGCGAGUGAAGUGCUAUAGAAAAUAUCCCCCUAUUCCAUCCUUAAUCUGCAGGUAUGUGUUGCUUGUGUUGUGCCUGUUUCUACUAGAACAGAUAUUACCCCUAGUAUUGCCUGCAAUCAACUCAGUUUUUACAAGUAACAUCUGGAACUGCACAUUUUUUGUAUACUCGUAAUGAUGAAAAAUGAAAGUCCUUUCUGACUGGGAGCGAACAUAUCUAAAAAGUGACGCUGUGGCAGAGAAUGACUAAUGAUAGUUGGGUGAGAAAAUUCCUAAGCCAGUUCUUUUCCCACAGUCUUUUGAUCUACUUGUAAAGGAUAAAAAAAAACCUGCUGACUGAGUUUACCGGUCUCAACAUGUCUUGUUAUGAUGUUCAUCAUUGCUUGUCUUCUUUGCCUUUCUAUCUUCAUUUCCCCCAAGAUGCCUGUCACUGAUGUUUACUCACAUCGGCUUUGAUAAUUCAAAGUGAGCACCUUUGCUGUGACCACAUCUGUUAUAAGACUGGAUACUAUAUGCACAAUUUAUUCUUUUUGUAAAGCAUUGCUGUUAUUACACUUUGUACAUUUAACAUCACAAUUUGACAGUUCAGAUGACAGCUCUGAUGGAGAUCUUUUUUAUUUUGCUCAAUCCAAGUAAAAACUACAAAACUAAGAACGGUCCACUUUUGAGUGAAUGUGACAACCCAUCACGUUUUCUAUCUCACACUACAUUUUUUAUAAGGCUGUCUUCUGCCUAUUUAUACUUGAAUUGGUCGUCAAAAAUAAGUUGCUCUGCAACAACAGUUCAUAAAUAUGUUCAGUUUGAAGUAGUGGUGGAAUAUAUGUACAUACUUGACUGAAAGUGAAACAUAUUUACACUACACAUGGUAAUUGUGUGCACACCAAGCUUCUUCCUGGAGGAUAAAGUUGGAAUAUCAUUUCUAAGUGUUGGGACCUAUCCUUCAUUUUGGCAAUCAUGUCUCUGCACUUUGUGUUUUACUUUAUCAGAUUGAAAUCACAUGUCAUUUCCUAACCUUUUUCUCAUUUGUGUGGCUCAAUUGAGUUUGUUCUUGUUUUGAUGUUUUCUUAGCUGUAGAGCCCUCAUGUGGGAUGUUGAAGUAUUACUUCAUACCUGCCUGCUAAAAUUGGCUCUAUGUAUGAAAGAAUGCAUGACUGGCAAGCAACAUUUAGAUAUAAAUAUAUAUUUAUUUUUGUCAACCUUUGAUAGUUUUUUUAACCCCCUAUUUGCAUGGCUUUAAUAUUCCAGUUUUUUGUAUGCACAUUUUUUCACCAGGGAUGUUAAGUGGUUGGCAAAUAUUGUUUUUUUUUCUUUUAAAUAUAUUUUACAUAAAUUUUCAAAGAUAUGGCUGUUUUUUUUUUUUAAUGGGAUUCUUUAACACUAUGUGAACUUGUGCUAUGUGUAUUUGCUGUCAUACAGAACUAAAUCUUGACUUGUAUCUUACAGUAAUUGCAAAUCUAAACCCUCUCAUUUUUACCACUACAUUUGAUGUUUGUCUUGUACUCUUGUUCAGAUUGCACAAAUACAUCUUUUGCAAUGAAGCAAACGUGUGUUUAUGA